GUGUGGGAUGCCGUAGCGCCCUUCCCUCCUCCUCUCAGUCCUCGGCCAACAUGGCGGCCCCAGGGUCUGCGCCGGAUUGGAGCCCGGGCUCUGCAGACGAGGAGGAGACGAUUCUUUAUGACUUGUUGGUCAACACCGAGUGGCCGCCGGAGACAGAAGUACAGACCAGAGGUAACCGAAAACAUGGUGCAUCGUUCAUCAUCACCAAAGCAAUCCGAGAUCAUCUAUUAUUUUUGCGCCAAUACAUCUGGUACAGCCCUGCACCGUUUUUGCUUCCAGAUGGACUGGUUCGCUUGGUUAAUAAACAGAUAAACUGGCAUUUGAUACUUGCAACAAAUGGAAAGCUUUUGGCUGCUGUUCAAGAUCAGUGUGUGGAGAUCAGAUCUGCCAAAGAUGAUUUUACAUCAAUUAUUGGGAAAUGUCAAGUUCCAAAAGACCCCAAGCCCCAGUGGAGAAGGGUAGCAUGGAGUCAUGACUGCACACUGCUAGCCUAUGCUGAAAGCACAGGAACUGUAAGAGUGUUUGAUCUUAUGGGAAGUGAACUCUUUGUCAUUUCCCCGGCUUCUAGUUUUGCUGGUGAUUUGAGCUAUGCCAUUGCUGGGUUGAUAUUUUUAGAAUACAAAGCAAGUGCGCAAUGGUCUGCAGAACUCUUGGUCAUCAAUUACCGAGGAGAACUUAGAAGUUACCUUGUUAGUGUUGGGACAAAUCAGAGCUACCAAGAGAGUCACAGUUUCAGCUUUCAUGGCCAUUAUCCUCAUGGAAUAAAUACUGCUAUUUAUCACCCUGGUCACAGACUUUUACUGGUUGGUGGAUGUGAAACUGCUGAACUGGGAGUGUCAAAAGCUUCUAGCUGUGGCCUUUCUGCAUGGAGAGUUCUUUCAGGAUCACCUUACUAUAAGCAAGUUACUAAUGGUGGAGACAGGGUUACUGAGGUGCCAAAGACCCUGGGAUUAUUAAAGAUGCUAAAUGUCAAGUUUUAUACUCGCCAAGGACAAGAGCAGGAUGGAAUCUUCAAGAUGAGCCUUUCUCCAGACGGCAGUCUCCUUGCAGCCAUUCACUUCUCAGGGAAGCUGAGCAUCUGGGCCAUUCCAUCUCUGAAGCAACAAGGGGCCUGGAAUCAAAAUGAGCAGCCAGGCUAUGAUGACCUUAAUCCUGACUGGAGGUUGUCUCCUGAGAAGAGAAAGAAAAUGAAAGAUAAAGAGUUUUUUUACCCGCUUACUGACAUCAGUUGGUGGGCUGAAGGUGCUGUGACCUUGGCUCGGUGCUCUGGUGCAUUAACUGUUUCGUCUGCGAAAACUUUGAAAAAUUUACUGGGAAAAUCCUGUGAAUGGUUUGAGCCAUCACCUCAAGUCACGGCUGCCCAUGAUGGAGGAUUCUUAAGUUUGGAGUGUGAGAUUAAACUUGCUCCCAAACGAUCUCGUUUAGAGAUGAGGGCUGGAGAAGAAGAUGAAGAAGAAGAUUCUGACUCUGAUCAUGAAACAUCUGCUAAGGCUCGCUAUUUUGGUUACAUCAAACAAGGCCUUUACUUAGUGACUGAGAUGGAGCGGUUCGCACCUCCACGUAAAUGGCCACGAACCAUCACUAAAAACUACCGCCUUGUGAGUUUGCGCUCCACAACUCCAGAAGAGCUUUAUCAUAGAAAGAUUGAAAGUGAAGAGUACGAGAAAGCUUUGUCUUUGGCUUAUACCUACGGCCUGGAUACUGACCUUGUCUAUCAGAGGCAGUGGAGGAAGUCGGCUGUCAACAUUGCUUCAAUUCAGAAUUACUUGAGUAAAAUAAAGAAGCGAUCCUGGGUUCUCCAUGAAUGUUUGGAGAGAGUUCCUGAAAAUGUGGAUGCGGCGAAAGAACUGCUGCAGUAUGGAUUGCAAGGCACAGACCUGGAGGCUCUCGUAGCAAUAGGGAAAGGAGCAGAUAAUGGCAGAUUUACGUUGCCUGGUGAAGUAGACAUUGACUCUGUCUCAUUUGAGGAGGUCUCACCCUCUGAUGAGCCCGCCAAGAACAGAAAGGAGAAUGAGCUUCAGAAGAGACGGGAGCUACUUAAACUAGUGAACUUCUCAGAGUUGACCUUGGAACAAAAGGAACUGUGCCGUUGCAGACUGAAAUUAUUAACUUACCUAGAUCGACUUGCAACAUACGAGGAAAUCCUAGGGGUGCCUCAUGCGUCUGAACAGAGAUACGAUGCUGAAUUCUUUAAGAAGUUCAGAAGCCAGAAUAUUGUCCUCUCAGCAAGAACUUAUGCUCGGGAAAGUAAUGUACAAGCCCUAGAAAUUCUACUGACUUACCACGGCUCCGACCUUCUUCCCCACCGCCUUGCAAUUCUCUCCAACUUCCCAGAAACCACUUCUCCAUAUGAAUAUUCUGUUCUGCUGCCUGAAGCUUGUUGCAAUGGUGAUUCCUUGAUGAUCAUUCCUUGGGCUGAACGUAAACAUCGAGCUAAAGACUGGUGUGAAGAACUGGAAUGCAGAAUGGUGGUAGAGCCCAGCCUCCAAGAUGAAAGUGAGUUCUUGUAUGCUGUACAGCCCGAGCUACUGCGGUACAGGAUGUCCCAGCUGGCAGUGGAGAAGGUUAUGGACUGGUAUCAGAGCAGAGCAGAGGAGAUAGAGCACUAUGCUGGACAGGUUGACUGUGCUUUGUCACUUGUUCGCCUUGGAAUGGAGCGACAUAUCCCUGGCUUGCUAGUUCUCUGUGAUGAUUUGGUGACUUUGGAAACAAUGGUAUAUGAAGCCGGAUGUGACUUAACCCUCACUCUGAAAGAACUCCAGCAGAUGAAAGACAUUGAAAAACUAAGAUUACUGAUGAAUCAUUGUUCCGAGGAGAAAUAUGUGACAAGUGCCUACCAGUGGAUGGUUCCUUUUCUUCAUCGUUGUGAGAAACGGUCUCCUGGUACAGCUAAUGAACUAUUAAAAGAAUAUCUAGUAACGUUAGCCAAAGAUGACUUAAAAUUUCCCCUGAAGAUAUUUCAUCAUUCCAAACCUGAUGUAAGUAGAAAGUCUAAUUUCCCAUCCUUUCACUUUUUUUCUCUGCUCUAUAGUUCUAUUUAUAAAUUUUUAUUAAAGGUUUUGGGAAGAAUUUCCCUUUAA